UAACUAAACGUGCACUUCCGCUUUCGGUUCAUCCAAACUAGUUAGGAUAAUUUCAACUUGGUGACACAAAAAUUCAUAACAUGUCAUGAUAAAAUAGUUGAUGUAUCCGUAAUUUUUGAUAAAAAUUAUGACUAUUUUGUGUAAAAAUGGCAUAUUUGAAAAUUAUAGUGCGUAGAUAGUUUUGAUUAAUUCUUCUUAGUUUCAGUGAAGUUUAAAAGAAACAGUUUUUUUCUGGAGAUAGAUCAGAAGCAUCAUAUUAUAUGUGUUCGUGAAGGAAUGGGAAAUCACAGCUCACAUAGUCAAAAUGGACAUAGUCAAAGGAAAGGAUCAGAAUCAUCAAUGGACGCUGGAACUUCGGCUUUGUCCGGUCGGACAGGUUCAAAAAAGAAUUCAGCAUGUCUGAUAAAAUUAUUUCAGAAAUUAGAACUAACAGCUGAUGAAAACAACCACCAUCCAGGAGAACUGACCAGAACUACUUUUGAGAAUGCUUUCCAUGGACCCCUUCAUACUUUUGGAAAAUUGCUGUACAAACAGAUGUGUAGUUUCCACGGUACUUCUGAUCGAGAAAGAAUUACUAAAGAACAGUUUGUUAAGUCUGGAAAAGAACUCCUUAAAAUGUUUGAUGAACCUUCUCAACAUAAAUACUAUUUCAAAUUAUUUUGUGAUGGAAAGGAUUACCUAAAUAAAGAAGAUGGUUUACAGAUGGUAAAUGUAUCUUAUUGCUUGACACUUGGAUCUUCCAGUAUAAAAUAUACAAAAAGUGUUAAUGAUGAUAAAGUAUUUGAAAGUAUUGUUAAUGGGAUGUUUGGACCUCAUGAAGAACUAUGUUAUGAUGACUUCAAGAAAUGGACCAAUCACAACUUACCUCAUAUUUACUGUGGUGUACACAAUUGGGUGUAUACUAUCCUGACAGGAUCUAAAAUGCCUUCAGAACAGGAAACUGCUCCUGUUCCAGAACUUGAGAAGUUUGAGCAAGACAAACAUUUAAUGAGUAUGGGAAUGGUAUGGUCAUUGUCGGCAGUUAUCCCAGCAAGUUACACUCAUAUAGAUCAGAAGGAAGAACAGUCUGAAUUUAAAAAUCCAUUACUGACGUCAUUUAACUUACUUAUGAAAAUAGCCAGAUUAAGUAGAUGUCAAAGCUGGACAUCAUUAUAUAACAGUAGUGAAGAUGGACUCUCACAUAAUAGGUUUACAAAUCACGUUAUUUCAUAUCAUGGUCCCACAAUGACACUGUUGUCAUUUGAAGGCAGAAAUAUAUACUGUAUAGCAGAGGAUACAGGAUGGCGGGAAGGUACACACAGAUUUGGAGGAGAGGAUACCAUGUUAUUACAGAUUACACCAGUAUUUAGAGUAGUACAAGCCAGUGGACCGAUGGUGUUAUGGAAUGAAUAUUCAAGAGAUAUCAGACAAGGUAUCCAUGUUGGAAAAGAUCCAAAAUCUUUGAUUAUAGUUAUUCCAUCAGAUUUUGACAAAUUGGAGCAUUAUGGAGUUAAUUGUGCUAUUAAUAAAAUAGAGGUGUGGGGUUGUGGAUCAACUGCUACAAAGGAUAAACAAAUAGAACAGAAACAGUGGGAGAAAAAAGAAACAGAAAAACAUAAACAGAGAAAGUUGAAACUAGAACAGGACUGGGAUGAAAAUCCAGACAAACAGAUUUUAAAUUGGGGAGGAAUAAAAACUGAACAUCAAUAUUCACAAGGAGGAAACUUUUAGAAUUACCUACCCACAAGAACGUGAAAAAUUGUCUACUUUUGUAUGGUGCUGAAGAAAUCCAUGUCAUUUUGCAACACAAUCUUUAUUUAGAUGAUAUUUUUUUCUUGGUAUAGAAGUCCCUACUUACAUACAAUGUAUUAAACACAUGAUAUUCCUAUUAAUUUUGCAUUUACAAUUGUUUUAUCCCUCAUUACAAAGUGUUUCAAAAUAUUUUGAAAAUGUAAUUUGUUUUUAAAUGACAAAUGAGUAUUAAUAUUUAAUUGAUAAACUGUUUUUGAGUUCAUUCAAUUUGAUUACAUAAUUCAUUCAAAAGUAUUUGAAAGAUAACAUGUAAAUGAUUAUAUGUUCUCAAAUUUUAAAUGAAAUAGAACAUUUGUGUCGUAAAUGCAAAACUAAGUACUGAGGAUUCAUUUAUUUAAAGUGGGAAUCAAUUUUUGUGGAUUGGGAAAAAAUGUAUUUUCGUGGAUAUAUAAAAGUAUAUUUUAAUGUGAAUGUAUUUAUGUAUAUGCAGAGGGUAUAUUACAUUUCAGGGUAACUCUCAAAUAUUUUUGAAGUACAAUGAACAUUACUGUGAUAACUUACAAUUUUACACUGUUAAGUACAGUGUAAUCAGGUUAGGAUUGAUGGAUAUUAAAUUUGUUUUGAUUUUGUUUUUGUUAAGGGUAUGAACAACUAGCUUUUAGUUUGAAUUAAAUUAAUACACUAAACUUGAAAUUAAUUAUGUGUUUGCAAUUCAAAUUAUACAUAAAGGAGAAUUUUUUUGUGACCUUUACCUUUUCUGGACAUUAAAUGUUUACUUUUUGUUUACUGAUUGUUGGUAGGUAGUUAGUUAUUGAAUUCAACACUUUAGACCCUCUUUUGCUAACCUAUGACCAUGCUAAGGAGGUCUUGUAAGAUGUAACUGCUUUCUUUACAAGAAAUUCAAACAUUUUUUUUGAGGGAUCAAUUUAUACUGAGCUUGAUCUGAAAUGUAUAGCAAAAUGGUCUCUUUAUGCCCCACCUACUAUAUAUGCCCCACCUACGAUAGUAGAGGGGCAUUAUGUUUUUCGGUCUGUGCGUCCGUUCUGUCUGUCCUGCUUCAGGUUAAAUGUUUUGGUCAAGGUAGUUUUUGAUGAAGUUGAAGUCCAAUCAACUUGAAACUUAGUACACAUGUUCCCUAUGAUAUGAUCUUCAUAAUUUGAAUGCCAAAUUAGAGUUUUUACCCCAAUUUCACAGUCCACUGAACAUAGAAAAUGAUAUUGCGAGUGGGGCAUUCGUGUACUAUGGACACAUUCUUAUUUUAUAAAUAUUAUCAAUAUCAAAGGGCAAACCUAUCUGAGACAUAGUUAAGCAUAUUUUAUUUAAUCUAUAAUAUUUGAUAACCAAGUACAUAUUUUCUGGAUUUCAUUUGUUGGACAACUCAAUACUGAUUUAGCAAAGUCAUGACAUGUAAAGGAAAUUCUAACCAUUUCAUAGAAUAUGUUUGAUAGCAAAAUUUAUAUAAGCUAUUAGAAUUUUUAUGAAUAUUAUUUAUUUCUGAAAUUUAAACAUUUUUUGUAGCCUGGUUAUAUUCAGGGCACUUGUAAUGUUUAUAUGGUAUCUAAGUUAUUGUCAUCAUAUUUAGUAGUUUGAAUGGCUAAGAGUACUGUCAAGAAUAUAUAACAAGACUCAGUUAGAUUGUAAUGUAAAUACUGUGAAACCUGUGCAACUGAACCUUUUCAUGAAUGAAGAUGGUGGUAAUUUUGGUAAAAGGUAUUCAGAUUUACUGGAAUGGAGUGAACAAAUGUUUUAGUUUUUAUAUGAUAGUUGAAUUAGUUUGAAUUAUAUUGUUUUUUCUUUUGUUGGCUUUAAAACUGUCAGAGAAACUGAUAGAAAAUAUUUCUAAUUUCUGUCAUUUGAGCUCCGAAAACUGCAGAAGUCCUUUCCUUUUCCUAAGUAUAGUUUGAUGAAUUUCUCAGUGGAAUUGGUAUAAUUCAUGUAUAAAUUUUGAGUUAAGCUUGGAAUGUUUUUAGUGUACUCACAAAUCAAUAUAAGUUUGUUUUGAUUAUUCCCAUUCACAAUAUUUGUGUUCCUGUACUUUGGGUGGCAAAAUAGUUUUUUUCUGUCUGGAAGAGCAGAAGGAGUAGGGUUAACUUCAUAUGAAAGGACAACUAUAAUUCCACAGUUGAUUAUUAUUUUAUGGGAAGUAGAUAUUGUAUCAUUAAUUGAAACUUAGAUGCUUUGAAAAGAGAUAUAAAAAUUAUAUCAUAACCUCAAGAGAGUAAAUUUGUUUAUUUGCAAAAAUCUAGUAUUUACCUUGUGUUGGCUACAGAGAUAUCAAUCAGUUAUUGAGAUUUGUAACUUUCCCUUACCUCUGUUGUAAAUAUUAUAUCCAGAGCAUGUGAGGAUUGCAAAUGACAUCCCCUGAUCACAAAAUUAAUUAAUCAGUUGUUGUCGAGACAAAUCAUCUGCACCCUUUAAAUAACCAGAGUAUUUGAAAAUUAUUUUGAUAUUUUUCUGUAUAAACAUAUCUUGGUUUGCUGAUAGCAUCAAUAUGAGCUGAUAAAUUGUUUUCAAAGUUUGUUUAAUUGUUGUCAAGUUGGUAACAUAAGCAUCUAUAAGCAACGGUUAACAAUAAUAAGACAUGAUGGGGACAUAACAAGGUGGAUAUUGAAGAGUUACAACUUUCAGGUCUCAUGAGCUAAUUGAUAUCGCUGGAAUUUGUCAUUUAUAGUGCCGACUCGUUGGAAUGUAAAAAUCCAUGUAGGUAUGGAACCAGGGGUUCAGUAAGGAAAUAUAAAUGUUAAGUUUUCAUAGUUUUUUUUAACAGUGGAAUGAAUUAAGAAUAUAUUUCGAGUAAUAUGUGACAGUUUUUUAUCAGGGUGUAUGCAUGGAGAAAAGGAGAAGAUUUUCAGUCAUAAUGUUUUAAGCCUUGUAUUUGAUAUUUUGAUGGUUUAUAGUGAAAAAGUUGAUGCAAAUUGUGUUUUUAAUCAACGAUGCAAUAACUGGUCAGAAUUGAAUUUGUUCUUUUAAGUGUGAUUCAAAUGACCUGCUAGUCAAUCCAUUAGUCAGAAUGAAAGAAAGAGAUAUUAUUAACCCUUGACAUUGUUAAAAGGUAAAGUUAUUCAAUAUUUUGAAUAUUUUCAAGAUUAUGAUAAUGUUAUUGAUUAAUGAACUGGUCAAUACAAACUGAAGAAAGGUCACUAGUGAAUUCAUAAACAUUUUGAAAUUGACCUGUUUGAUUUAAAAUGGAAAUAUUUCACGAAAUGUAUUGGACAAAAAAGAGCUAUGACUUUAUCCAAAAAGAUAUUCUACACACAUUAACCUGUGAGUAAAAUAUAUUUUCUAGCAAAACAUAUUUCAGGCAAACCAUUGUUUCAUAUCUAAGUAUUAAUGCCAAGAUUGCAAAAUGAGACUAUUUUGAAAGUUUUGCAGUUUUGGACUAAAUUUUGGAAGUUUGAAACCCUGAGUCGUUAUCUCAUAUAUUGUGAAAAAAAAUUUUUUGCAGCCUGUGUUCAUUGUUUGGGAAGAACAGUUAUAUUUGCUAAAAUAUAUUUUCAUUAGUUUCUUUCUUGUAAACCAAAACCAUCUUGUAUCUAAAAUUCAUAUGUAAGGUGCCAAAUGCAAUUCAUCAAAAUUGAUAGACAUGUACAACAAUAACAAUUUUGAUUAUAUCCCUGAAAGACAGCCAGGUGUGCUUUAAUGUUUUAGAUCGAGUUAAUGUAUUUAAAAUAAAUUCUGAGAAAAAGUUGUUGGUCUUGUAACAGUAAAAAAGGUCUUUUUUGAAAACUUUAUCCUAGAUAUAAAAUAAGGAGAUGUGAUGUGAUUGUCAAUCAGAAACUAUCCACCAAUUACAAAAGUGAACAACUUUAUGUAACUGUAGAGCCUUCAUUGAAAAAUAAAACCCAUACCUAAUAGUUAGCUAUAAAAAGUCUCUUGAUGAAAAAAUGUGAAUGUACUUAAUACAGUUUGGUGUCAAUAAACAGUAAUUUCAUUCAAUUGUUUUGGUUAAACAUAAAAUAGACUUUCCUGACGAAUGAAUGGAAUGAACUGACCUUUUACUUCUCAAUUUCAAAUAUACCAGUUGCAAGAAAGAAGCUAACCAUUGUAUUAAUUGUUUUAUGUGUAAAAGGUUUUAGGAAGAUGACUGAUAGCCUUUGCAGUACAAAUAAUAUGACUGAACACAUAUGCAGUACAAAGAAUUGACAUGCAUUACAUUACCUAUUACAUUUACAGGUGCUUGUUUGUUUACUGAAGUCAUUAUGUUUCUUUUGAGAUAUUUUUAUGUUACAUUCAAAUAAAACGCUUAAAUUUUUA